AUGGACGGGCAGAACAACGCGCAGGCAGGCGGCAAGGCCAGUCAACCGGGCGGUAGUGGCGAGCGGCGGGAAGUCCCGAACCGGCAGUUCUUCCUGCAGGUGGCGAACGCGUCGACGGCCAUGCAGGUGGUGGCCGGCGAGAUCUCCGCGCUCUGCCGCCUCGCCGCCGACGGGGUGGCCAUAUCGGCGAUCAGUCCGCUGUUCAACACCUUCGCAGCUUAUCCCAGCUUCGACCCACUUCACUUCAAAGCCGCAGCCCUCGCAGUUGCCGCCGCCGCCUCUUCGCUCCCCGCUGCCGGACCAGCCGCUGCCCCCGGCCCAGGCACAGCGGUCGCCGCCACUCUCGUCGCGCCCGCCGCAACUACCGCGGCUGCUGCUGCUGCGAAAGCGGUUGCGGGGCCGAGCGGCGGGAAGGAGGAGAAGGCGAAGAAGGAGAAGCGGCCGCUGUCCGCCGUGCAGAUGGCGAUGACGCAGUUCCUCUCCGAAGAGCGCGACCGCCUCCUCGCGCAGGGCGCUGCCUCCACCCCCGGCGAGGCGUACCAGAUGGCAAGACGGCGGUGGAACGAGAUGCGCGAGGCGAACGGGCAGGGGAAGAAGAAGGGCAAGGGGAAGAAGCACGAUGAGGAGCACGAGGAGCACGAGGAAGGCGAGGAGCGCGAGGAAGGCGAGGAAGGCGAGGAAAGGGAGGAAGGUGAGGAAGUUGAGGAGGUGCCAAUGCAGCUGGGCGACGCGGUGAUGGAGGAUGGGGAGGAGGAGGAGAAGAAGGAGGAGGAGGAGGAAAAGGCGAAAGAGGCGAAGAAAGAGGAUGAGAAGAAGGAUAAGAGCAAGGGCAAGGGGCGUGAAGAGGAGGAAGCAACGGGGAAGAAGUCGGGCAAGGGGAAGGAGAAGGUGGCGGAGGACGAGGGCCCCGCGGGUGGCGGCAGCAGCGCAGGCAAGAGGCGCAAGAGGAAGCAGGGUGACGAGCACGUGGCUGCUUCGCCUGCUACCGCGCCAGGGACCUCUGCUGCUGCCGCUGCUGCUUCUCCUGCUGCUGCCCGUACUCCUGCGGGUACUCCUGCCCGCACUCCUGCUGCUGGCACUCCGGGCGGUGAGGCGAAGGCAGGCAGCUCAGGCAAGCAGGCGAAGAAGAAGAAGGCGCAGGCAGGGGCGACGCCGGACAAGGCAAAGUGA